AUGUCAAUCUUGAUAGCUAUUGAUGUUGAAUGUAAGAGCGAAGCUAUGAUGGAGACCCUUCCAAGUGGGGUCGCGGCAACACGAGCGAAUUGUCUGGACAAACGUUCGUUAGCUUUGUUUCGUAUAUUGCUCGGGUUGUACUUGCUCUAUGACAUCUACGCUCGCACUUCGUUGGGAAAGUACGAUCUCGCUUGGUACACGUCUUUGCCGCCCAGUCGUUCCUUCCUAUCGGAUCUAGAUUUUCCGCACCAGGCCCCAUUGCACAAGCUUUGGUUCUACCGAGGAACCUUGGCUUUCCAAGUUGCAAUGUUCGGUAUUUCUACGUUGUUGGCGGUCUUUUUCACGGUGGGUUUGUUUCAGCAAACCGCUAGGGUAGGCGGUCUCGUCAAGACCGUUCUAUUCAUUGUUCAAGUCGCGCAACAGAGUCGGAAUAUGCCUGGCACGGACGGCAGCGACUCCUUUCUUCGCCACUUGUUGUUUUGGAGCUGUUUUCUGCCACUCGCGGACGUUUGGAGCGUGGACGAAUGGCGCGCAUCACGUCGCAAACACAAGACGAAAAAGCCCAGUCACCGUCACUGGCAAUGUACCGGCUUGCCCUGCUUGGGAUUGAUACUGCAAAUUGCCUUCAUGUAUCUCGGUACUGCUUUGAAUCGCAUUGACGUACACGGAUGGAAGAAUUGGCACCAAUGCGAAUGGUUGCCGCCGUCCUUAUCUGCCGUCCAUUACGCACUCAGCGGGAGUUUUGCCACGCGGGACAAUUUUCUCGGCGAUCUCAUACGUACCCAGCCUAUUCUUUCCAAGACUAUGACUGCCAUGGCCAUGGUGGGUGAAAUCGGAGCGCCAAUUGGUUGCGUACUGGGAGGAAAGUAUCGACAUUGGUUUGCGCUUGUCCUUUUUCAAAUGCACUUGGGGCUCUUUUUAACGCUUAAUCUCCCCAAUUGGCAGCCAAUUGGUAUGCUGAUACAAGUAUUAUUCAUUCCAACGGCAUAUUGGGACAGAUGGCUGGGCUUUAGUAAUACGGACGAAGGGGACUACAAAAAGACAGACGGUGACAGUGUGGAAAAUACGGAACACAAGGACGCUGUGGUCAAAAAGCGGUCCGCUAGCGCAUUUUCUCGGACUUUGCAGAUCUUUUUCCUCUCCUAUAUGAUCUACAAUUGGCUAGGAAACCGGGGUUGGAUUGCAAAGCACGAUAGGGGAGAUAUCGGUGAAGGGUUGCGACUAAGCCAAUACUGGGUGAUGUACGGCACGCUGGGCCACGUGUCCGACAACAUUUUUUUGACGGGAUACAUCGAUACGACCAACGAAACUUCCAGAGAUGCUCGGCAAAUGGUGGAUUUAUUACACUACGUCAAAACCAAGACAUUUCGAGACCAGGACGACUUCAACUUUGUUCCACUGGAUAUGACAAGCCGCUUUCCAUCUCCUCGUUGGGAACGAGCCUUGCACCAAUGGGCCGCUAAACGCAAAACCCAAUCUGCCCGACUGCUCUGCCAAGUAUUGUGUUUGUUUGUCAACGAAGACCGAACUCUGAAGGGUCUACCACCCUUGGCGAGUGUGGAGAUGCGCUGGCAACAUAUGCGCAUUCUUCCACCCGGUAGUAAAGAUCGAUAUCCUAGUCGCGACGUAUCAAAAGUAUCCACUCCUGACACAAUUAUUUCCGCACCGUGCAUGGAAUACGAUAGCUCGUUCGACUCUCUUCUGGUGGAAUAA